GACAAUGCGAACGUCCCUAGCUGGGUGCCUGGAAUGCCGGGCAUCGACCAGGGAACCAUUUACUUCACCUACGCCAAGGACUCUGUGGAGAUUCUGCUGUUGAUCCUUCUCGGUGUGAUCUAUAAGCGGCGCAUCACCAACGAACGGCGGCAACUUCCCCCGCCGCCUCCGCGACAGGAUUUCCAGACUCCCGCCUUUUCUUGUUGCGAUCACCUUGGGACGUUUCUGUGGUCAUUCUUUCUGCAGCAGAUUCGCAUGGGCGACACCUACGAGAUGGCGGGCGUGGUUUUCUUUUGGGCGCCGACACUAGUCUUCAUCGCAUCAAGGAUCAUUGCCAAUCUUAUGGGACUUGUUCCAG